AUGCUCAGUAAAUAUAAACGAAUUUGUUGUAAUAAUGGAUUAAGAGCUAUAUGUAUUAUAAAUAAAUAUAUAAUAUGUGUUUCAUUAGGAAAUAUUAUAAAGAUAAUAAAUGUAAGAAAUAUAAAUAUCUUAAUAGAUUGUGUAGUAUCUAGUAGUAGUCAUAUAUAUGGAUUCUGUUAUAAAAAAGAAUGUGAUAAAAAAUAUGGUAUGUUAAUAGCUCAUGGAGUACAUAAAAUAUAUAUUUUUAAAUUAUAUAUUGAUUCAACAAAUGAAAAAGGUUCAUUAAAGUUAUUAAAAAAAUAUUGUACAAAUAAAUGGAUUUUAAAAACAGCUUUUUUAAAAAGAGAAGAUGAUAUAAUUCUUUCAAAUUCUAUGGGUUUUACUUAUGAGAAUGAUAAAAAUGAAAAGACACAUAUAAAUAAAAUAAAUAAUAUAUCAAAUAAAUAUUCAAAAAAAAAAAAAAAAAAAAACAUUCUUAUCAUAUCUUUAAGUAAUGGAAGUAUUUUAUUCCUAGAUAUAUAUAAAGGUAUGAGUUCAUUAAAAUAUAAAUUUAUAGGUAUAUAUUUAUUAUAUAGUUCUGAUAUAUUUAUAAAAGAGAAAAAAAAAUGUUACAACAUAUAUGUGGUAGGAGGUACACCAUUUAAUAAAAUAUUAUUGUGGUCAUUUGAAAUUAAUAAAAAAGAUAUUACAAAAUAUUGGUGUCAUGAAAUAAAUAAAAAAAUAAAUAAAAUAAAUAAGAAUAAAAUUAUUAUACAAAUAAAACAUUUUGAAGAAUUAUGUGGACAUCGAGGUAUUAUUUUUAAAGUGAAAUUUUUUAAAAACACAAAAUAUAUCUGUUCAGUUUCUGAUGAUAGAGAAGGACGUAUAUGGUAUAGGAUUAAAAAUAUAGAACAUAUUAAGAAAAUAAAUAAAAUGAUAGAAAAAAAUAGAUAUAUGAUAGAUGAACCCAUUCAUUAUUAUAAUAAUUAUUAUUAUAAUUAUUAUUAUACAUGCAUAAAAAUAUUAACAGGUCAUAAUGCUAGAAUAUGGGAUAUAGAUAUAGGAAAAUUCAAAAAAAAAUUAUUCUUUUUUACAUGUAGUGAAGACUGUAUGUGUAAUGUUUAUUUUAAAAAUGAAAAUAAAUUUUUUAAAUAUUCAAAUAAUAAUUCUUCUACAAUCAGAUGUAUAUUAUAUCAUCCAUAUAUGAAUUUAAUUAUAUCGGGUUCUGACAAUGGUACCUUACAUAUUAAACCCAUCAGCUCCUUUUUUUUAGAGAAGCAGAAUGUUUCAGACGAUCUAAAAAAAAAAAAUAAAAUAAAUAAAUAUGAAACUAAUAAAAAUAAUAAUGAUAAUAUUUUUGUAGGGGAUCAUAUAUCAAACAGAGUUUGUUAUAAUAAUACCAUGAUUGAAGAUAAAAAUUAUGAUAAAAAUAAAGAUGUUUAUAAUUCUUUUGCAUCAAUAAAUAUGUAUGAAGAAAAUAUUAUAAAAGAAAACACUUGCAUGGAAUAUAAAAAGAAUGAUAUACAAAAAAAGGAUAUCAUCCAUUUUUUUGUAGAUGAAUUAAAUAAUAUUAUGAAAAAGAAAAAUGACUGGAUAAGAUCUGUAGAUCAUGCAAAUUUAUAUGAUGUAAUUAUUUGCACAAAUUUUGGAAGUAUAUAUAUUUUAAAAACAAAAGAAAAAAAUAAAAAGUUAUUUUUAAUAUAUGAAGAAGAACGAGAGAAUUAUUUAUUGACAUGUUUAACUUUUUUUGGAACUCAAUGUAUAUGUUUAGGAUAUAGUAAUGGUAAUUGUUGUUUUGUUAUAUUGAAAGAGGAUUAUGAUAAUUAUACAAAUUGUAAGAAUGAAAAUAAUAUAACAUAUAAUAAAGAUAUCAAAGAUAUAAAAGAUAUAAAAGAUAUAAAAUAUAUAAAAGAUAAAGGGCAGGAUAUUAUAUUUUAUGAAUCUCAAUUUAUAUCUGAUGAAAAGAAAAAUUUACAAUCAACAUAUUUCCAAUGUUUUAAUCAUCGUAUAAGUGAAAUGUUAUUAAUACCAUUAUCAUGUGUCAGUUAUUAUCAUAUCAUUGAUAAUGUUUCUACAAAUGGGGUGAGAGAAUAUAUUGAUCAUGUCUUGUAUUUGCGUAUGCGACAAAGUAAACAAAAUAAAGAAGAAAAGGUAAUAAUAAAAGAAAAAAUAAUAAAAAAAAAAAAUAAUAAUAAUAAUAAUAAAAAUAAUAUUAGUCGUAGUAACAGCAGUUGUUGUAGUAGUUCUUGUUCAUAUGAACAAAUUUCAGAAAACGUAGAAAGAGAUUUAGAUCAUCCUUCCAAUUUUUUUUUUCAAAUUAUAUAUAAUCAUAAUAUAUCAUAUAUAAAUCAUAUAUCUUACACACACACAGAACAACAAAAAAAAAAAUUAGAUGAUUCCUCUCAAAUAAUACCUCUAUCAUUUGUUCUACCUAUAAAUAUAUUUUUAUUGAUCAACUUUGAUCAUACUGGAAGUAUAAAAAUUUUUAAUAUCGAAAUUUAUAAAAAUAAAAAUGUAGAAAUUCAAAAAAUGUGUGAUACAAUUAUUGACGUAAAAAAUAAGAAAUCAAAAAUAAUAUGUGUUAAUUAUGUUUUAAGACAGAAACAAAUAAAAAUGAACAAAAAAAAUUUUAAAGAAAUAAAUAAUAUAAAUAAUGUACAUCAAAAAAUAGGUAUUUUAUUAUUUGUAGGAGAUGAAUAUGGAUGUAUUUUUAUACUUUAUAUUAAGAUACCUAUACAUAUAGAUGAAAAUAAUAAAAUUAUAUAUUAUUUUAAUAAAGCUUGUAUUAAGUCCAAAGAAAAAUUACGUGUUCAUAAUAAUAGAAAAGUAUUCGAUAUAAAAAUUAUUGAUCAUUGUAUAUAUUCAUGUGGUCAAAAUGGUAAUAUACUUAAAUAUGAAUUAUAUAAAGAUGAAAGAAAAAUAUAUACUUUAUAUAAAUUAUGUUUAAUUAAAAUACCUUAUUAUUCUUCCAUAUAUAAAAUAUUACCUACUAUUUAUGAUAUAAAAAGUUAUACAUAUCAUACAAAUCUUUAUUGGAAUACCUUCACAAAGAAAGAGCAUCACAACAACAGAAAUGAUAAUAAUAAUAAUAAUGAUAAUUAUAAUAAUAAUAAUAAUGAUAAUUAUAAUAAUAAUGAUAAUUAUAAUAAUAAUUGUAAUAAUAAUUGUAAUUAUAAUAUUUAUGGUGUUCAUCAUAAUGUAUCUACCCUCAUGUAUGAAGAUCAAAAAAAAAUAAAUAACAUGCACGAUAAUAUCUUCAUUUGCUGUUUCAAAGAAAAACAAUUUGUCUUAUAUAAUAUGAAAAAUAAAACAGAAUAUUUAUCUGUUGAAUGUGGGGGGUUUAGAAGACCAUUAAGUGUAUAUAUGAAAGGUCUUUCAAAUACAUCAUUAACUUUUUCUUUAUGUUAUUGUAAAGAAAAGAAUAUAUUUUUUUAUUUUAAAAAUAUUAAUAACAAAACAAAUAAUAUAAUACCAUAUGAACAAACAUAUUAUAAUUCUGAUUUUCAUACAAAAAAUGUUUCUUGUCUUUUAUGGUUUGAUCAAAAUUAUUUUUGUACAUGCUCAGAGGAUGGCGUCAUCAAAUUAAUGUAUAUAAGUAAGAAGAAAAAGAUAAGCAACAUAGAACAUAUAGAAAAAAAAAAUAAAAAUAAUAAAAAAAAUAAACAUGUAAACGUCAAUAAUUUGAAUAAUAUAAAAAAGGACAAUACAUCUAAACAUAAUAAUAAUAAUAUUGCAUCCACGUUUAAUAACUAUAAUUACAAUAUAUAUCACAAAAAAAAAAAAAUGAAUCAUUUAAAUUACGAGUUAAGAAUUAUUCAAAAUGUCUUUAAUCAUACAGAACCUAUUUUUUAUAUGUCCUUUUUAAAAAAUCCAUUUUAUUUUUCUAAAAAAUUUAAAUUGUUUAUAUCAGUGGGUGCAAAGAAUUCUGCAAAUAUUUUUUAUACAUUUAUUCAUAAUGAAAAUAUAAAUGUGAUAAAUACAGAAAAGCAAGUCAACAACAACAAUGAUGAUAAUAUAAAUAUAAAUAAUAUAAAUAAUAUAAAUAAUAAUAAUAAUUUAUUAAGUAACAAUAUUAUUCUUAACAAUAUAGAUUAUUCAAAUGACAAUGCACCUAUCAUUUAUCAUUUAGAAAAAUUAAGAACUCAACAAUUUUCUAGUAACCUAAGAUAUUUAUGUGUACAAGGUUUUUUUAAUAUUAUUUCUAAAGUUGAAUAUACCUAUCUUAUUCAAACUAAUAUAUUUAUUGGUACAUCGAUAGGAUAUAUAUUUCAUUACAGUGGAUUAUAUGAAUUUAAUAUUUUUAAUAAAAUCAUCUUCUCAAAAAUUAUAAAACGUGCAGAUGUUAUAUCUACAUAUAAUAUGAACAGUACAAUAUUGUCAUUAAACUUGAAAGUAAUAUGUGUCAAUAAAAAUUAUGAUGAUGUAAAUGAAAAAAAUAAUAUGUGUGAUAACAAACAUAUUUGUGAUGAAAAUAAUAUUGUGUCCUUAAAGAAUUCUCCUUUUUCUUCAAGAAAAGAAAAUAUAUUAAACGAUAAUAUAUUUAUAAUCAAAGAUAAAUAUAAAACAAAUCACACAAAAUAUAAACCAAUAAAUAUAUUAUUGUGUGGAUUAAAUAAUGGUAUAAUUAUGAUUUAUUAUCAGUUUGAUAUAACAUUGAAAUUAUUAGAAAAGAUUCAUGUUCAUCAAAAUGGUGUAAAUAAAAUAUGUGUUAAAAAAAAAAAAAAAAAUUACUUACAAAUAUAUACAUGUUCAGAUGAUCAAUCUAUAAAUAUAUUAAUUUUUAAAAUGAUAUAUACAACAAAUAAUAAAUUAAAAAAACUUAUCUUAAUACAAAAUACAAAAUUUACACAUUCACAUCUAUCAUCUAUUAGAUCCUUAUAUAUGUUUUCUAAUUAUCUAUUAAGUGUAUCAUGGGAUCAAUAUAUACAUAUAUGGAAAAUACAAAAAAAUCAAAACAAUAAAUAUUUUAUAAAAAAAAUAAGACAAAUUAAAAUAUCAGUCUAUGAUGUUUCUUGUAUAAAUUCUUUUGUAAGAAAAAAAUAUAAUAUUAUAGAAAACAAUAAAAAUAAAAUUAUUGAAUAUAAAGUCUAUCUAUGUGUAUCAGGAAUAAAUGGUAGUAUGGAAUUAUUCCUUCUCAAGCUUUUUACAUAA